AUGACCCCCUCAGCCCUCUCCGCCUCCCAACACCCCUCGAGCUCCUCUCUACCCCGUCUUCCCCCCAAUGUCAUCCGCCUUCCCGCCACUUCUCAGCUGGAGGCCUGCCUCACCAUCAUCAGAGACAAGCAGACAAGCAGGAGCGAUUUCAUCUUCUACUCGGACAGGAUUAUCAGGCUGUUAGUCGAGGAAGGGUUGAACCAUCUGCCCGUGGUGGGAAAGCAGGUCCAAUGUCCUACGGGGCUGCCAUACAAUGGAGUGGAAUUCCAAGGGAGGAUUUGCGGCGUCUCGAUCUUGCGAGCGGGCGAAGCGAUGGAGGCGGGCCUUAGAGAAUGCUGUCGCAGUGUUCGCAUUGGCAAGAUCCUGAUCCAGAGGGACGAGGAGACGGCUAAGCCAAAGCUUUUCUACUCGAAGCUGCCAAGGGACAUUGCGGAUCGCUGGGUCCUGCUCUUGGACCCCAUGCUCGCUACAGGCGGGUCGGUGAUCAAGGCUAUCGAGGUGUUGGUGGACCACGGCGUUCCCCUCGAGCGCAUCAUCUUCGUCAACCUGGUCGCAUCUCCCGAAGGCAUCGAGAAUGUGACAAAGCGCUUCCCUGCCGUGCGACUCAUCUGCGGGUGGAUCGAUGAUGGGCUCACUGAGCAGAACCUGAUCUGGCCCGGGCUCGGCGAUUUCGGGGAUCGUUACUUUGGAGCGUGAAGUUCUAAGGAUCAUGAGUGAAGUCGUCAGGAUCAUCAGAAGGUUGGACGUCGCUGGAGAAGGUGCUUUGCAGCUUGAGGUCGCGUCGAAAACCAGGGGGAUGGAGAUCGCGGUCAGUCGUGUCGACAGCUGCUUCGACGUCGGCUCGCGCCGGUAGCCUGCGUCUUUAAACGAUUCAUUCUGGUUCCCAUUGUCUUAUUCUCCUCUCUUUGCCUCUUCGCAAAAUGGCCUUGCUGC